UGGGAGCACAGGGACGGCAGAAGGGGGAGGGCAGAGUGUCUGAGGCGGACUCCAUUUGUAAUGAAGGAGCUGAUGAACGUGCUUCAGAUCAGGGCUGCCGCCGAAUCCGCGAGGGCAAUAAAGGGAGAAGCGAUAUAAAUGAGGAGGAAAUUACAUCCGCUUUAAACGGAUCUCAACUCGAGUGCAGCCAGCGGUUACGGGGGGCAGCGGAGCGGUCAAAGCCGCGGUCAGCGCGCAGGGACACGGACAGCAGAGCGAGAAACAACCCGAUGAUUUCUCAGAGCUUGCACAGGGAACAUGGUGGAUUUUUGAGAGGCGACGCCUCAACAUCUGGACAGUUGGAUUUCCAAAGAAUAAUUUAGUUGGAAAAUCAAAGCAAGAUCCAAAACAAAAUACGCGAGCAGGCUGCGGGGCGCGCAGAAGCAGGAUGAGCGUGUUUUGUGCAGGGAGAGCGGAGCGACGCGUUUGAGUGGGACAUGGCAAACGGAGGGGACCAGUUCGGCACUGCAGAGCGUCCGGGCUCGGACUGCAUGGAUUCUCCAAAAGAGACCAAACAGGAAAAUCCGACCUACACCCUAAACUCACCAGCUUCGCCCCACACAGCGUCCAGCAAGCAGGUAGCGACCUGCACCGCGGACCAGAAUGGAAUGGAGGGAAUCAAAGUCUUCCUUCAUGACAGGGAGCUCUGGACCAAGUUUGAUGAAGUGGGAACUGAAAUGAUCAUCACUAAGGCUGGGAGGAGGAUGUUCCCAAGUUACAAGGUGAAGGUCACAGGACUCAACCCCAAAACCAAGUACAUACUCCUGAUGGACAUUGUGCCCGGGGAUGACCAUCGUUACAAAUUCGCAGACAAUAAAUGGUCGAUAACGGGGAAGGCAGAGCCGGCUAUGCCCGGGAGGCUGUACGUCCACCCGGACUCGCCCGCCACUGGGGCGCACUGGAGCCGCCAGCUCGUCUCUUUUCAGAAGCUUAAACUCACCAACAACCACCUGGACCCCUUUGGACACAUAAUACUAAAUUCCAUGCAUAAAUACCAGCCUCGGCUCCACAUUGUCAAGGCAGAUGAGAACAAUGGCUUCGGCUCCAAAAACACAGCUUUCUGCACUCACGUCUUCUCUGAGACGGCCUUCAUCGCUGUGACGUCCUACCAGAACCACAAGAUUACACAGCUGAAGAUAGAGAAUAAUCCUUUUGCUAAAGGCUUCAGAGGCAGCGACGACAAUGAGCUGCACCGCAUGGCCAAGCUACAAGGUAAGGACUUCCCCGUGGUUCCCCGCAGUACCGUCCGACAGAGAGUCUGCCCCACCGGGAGUCCGUUCAGCGGGGAGGGUCGGGGUCUGCGGGGCUCCCCCGAGUGCGUCGGGUCCCCCUACAGCUGUGAGAACAGCCUGAACAGCAGCAGUCCCCAGGAGAUGCUGAGCGCUGCCCCCGCACACUACAUCCUGCCUCGUCCUCACCUGCAGCACGCUCAGCAGCCGCAGGUGUACCAGUGCACCAAGAGGAAAGUGGAGGAGAACUGCUCUUCAGGAAACCGCCAGCACCCGUACAAGAAACCCUUCACUGGUAGCUCACCAAGUGAGGGCGAGUCAUACUAUCACCCCUCCUCCUACCCUCCUCCUCCACCUGGCCUCUCCAACAAUCCUGCCUUGGGUCUCACCGACUCCCCCUACAGCUCAGACAUGGGUCAGCGUCAGGCAUGCAUGUAUGCCAGCUCAGAGCCCAGACUGGAUGAACUCAGCUGUACAUCCUGGUCAUACAGUUGCCCGCUUCCGUCUGCCAUGACCCCUGUGGAACCUUACCCACCUUAUACCCCUCAUCCUCCCUACAGCUCCAGCCCUCAGGGCUCUCGAGUCAGCGCUAUAGCCCACCAGAGCUCUCCGCCACUGGGAGAUCACAUCACACAUGAUCCCUAUCAGAGCCAGAGCUCUGGACCUGCAUCUCAGAGCUCCCAAACCAUUCACAGCAGGCAGCUCAGCCCUCCUCUCAGAGAGUAUCCUCGCUACACACACAACCUGUCUCCUCCUCUCUACCACACACUAGAGACACACACACACAUCAGGUGUGGAGUCCCAGAAUGGAGUGCAGCCUCCUAACUGAACCAGAAGAAAAACCUGAUGAGUGGACACAGAUUCCCUGUCUCAAAUUCAGUCACCCUUCUUUCUGCUCUUCUGAAAGAUGCUGCACCGUAUACGGACUAAAUGUGGUAUUACCUUUGUAAAAUAUUUGUGAAAAGUGUGAUUUUGUGCUGUGUGAAGAGGUGUCAUCUGUUAGUCGUGUUGCUUCCCGGUGCUGGAUCGAGCAGUGGAUUGUUAAAGACUCGGCUUGGACAUCCAUAGCUCUUCAGACAUUUAAAAAAAAGGGGCCUGAGCAGCACAAUCAGAGGUUGUUCUUCAUCGUCUUUUCAUAACCCAAUGACUGGUGUCAUCCAAAUGUUUGCACUGUGAGCCCCGACCGUAAACAGCACAAGGCUGCUUUCCUCUCAAUGACUCCCACUGUCUCCAUUGUGAAGGAUGUAAAUUGUGACCCACUGUCAGACAGGCAGUAACAUUUACUGACCAAAAUAAUCUCCGCUCCCACAGCAGAGCCUGAGGGUGACAUUUUUUCAUCUUUAGUGGAGCAAAGCACAGCUUCAUGCUCAGUCUCAGUGGAGGAGAAAAGGCAUGAGUUGUCUGUGUGUGCGUGUUUGUAUGUAAAGCCUAUGUCAGCUCAGCUCAAGGAUGCUAUGAGUUAAUUUCCAAUGAGACAGGCAGUAGUAGCUGCAGGCGCUGCACCAUAGAGAUAAACAGUUUGUUUAGAACGUGCUACAGGCUGAAGGACCUGUAAACACUGUUUCCACUGCAUUCUGGGUAAAUGCACUACUCAGCGUCAUGCAGCUGUCACUGCUGUGUUCUUAGUCACCCCCAGCUGACCAAUCAGUUUUAUCCAUUCACUGAGAGAUGAGCCAAUGAGUGUGUGUCUCUCUUUUAUCCCGAGCUGACCAGCCAUAGCUGGAGUGCAGCAUGUUUUAUGUGUGUAUAUGUGUGUGUGUGUGUGUGUGUGUGUUGUCCCAUUUUUGUUUGUUUCUGAAUUAUUCAUGAGUCCAGUGUUGAUCCUUGACAUGCGAGGAUUGCUCAGCAAACACAGAGAAUCACAGUGCUGUAAAACGUGAUAAUGUUGAUGGGCCGACUUGUUUAAAUAUUCUUUUUUUUAGCCUCUUCAUUUUUAAUCUAACAGUAUUUCUCCAUUAAUUGCUUUGAGAGAUUGGGUUGAAUAUAUUCCCCUGCAGAUUUGGUUAGCAUUACUUUCUUCCUUUCAGCUGACUGUAAAGCAACAUUCAUGGGACGUUUGUGCAAAAGCGAGGCGAUGUUGGUUUAUUUUCGUGUAAUGCAGUUUUUAUAUAUACGUGUAUAUUUUUUGCCCAGGCGUUUUACAUGCAGUAACAUGUGAGAAGGUGCUCUAACAUCACAAACCAUCAGUGUGCAGAAAGUAGAUCCUCAUUAUUUCUUGAUAUGUUUUGUGUGUGUGUGUGCGCGUGCAUGUGUGUGUGUGUGUGCGCAAGUGUAUGUUACAGUGGGAUUUUUUUAUAAUCUUGUUCCUGGUUAUAGUAUUUAUUACUCUAGAUUUGUAAAGAAUAGUUUGUUGUUUACUUGUGAAACAAGACGGUAUUGUUCAGAGAUAUUUGUUUCUGGUUUCACCCUGCAUCUCUAAAUGGUGAUGAAUAGUUGUGAUAAACAAACAAUAUUUUCUGUUCUAUGGAAAUAACGACAGAUUUAUAUACAUAAAUGGAAUAAAUUUUAGAGAUUUUUUG